AUGGCCCUGACCCUGUCAUGCCAGCGCCACGUCAGCGCCACGCGGGCAGGGGCUCGGCCAGUAAUAUACUUUAGACACGGUGAACCAUUCACCGUGUUCUCUUUGAAUACNCAAAGUGCCCUACUAAAUCUUAACUUCAUCAAUCUACUCUUCUUCUUUAUUAUAAGUAUUAUUAUUAUUAUUAUUAUUAUUAUUAUUAUUAUUAAUCCUUGUCAUUUUUUCUUGUUUUGUUUUGAUUUUUCAGGGCAGUAUGAAUUGGAGUGUUUGCGGAAGGAUUUCAACCGCAUCAACAAGGAGGUGGCGCGGCUGAAGGUGCUGAAGCUGGACGCGACGGAGGUGCAGGACGCCAAGGCCGCCCUCGACGCCCGCCUCGAGACCGUCGGCAACCUCGUCCACGACUCCGUCCCCGUCAGCAACGACGAGGCGAACAAUGCGGUGAUUCGGACGUGGGGUGAGAGGAGGACUGAGGAGAAGCUAAAGAAUCAUGUGGAUCUCGUCAAGCUUCUUGAUAUUGUUGACUUGGAUAAGGGUGCUGAUGUGGCUGGUGGCAGAGGAUUUUAUUUGAAGGGCGAGGGUGUCCUCUUGAACCUGGCGCUGGUUAACUUCGGAUUAGCAUUUUUGAGGAAACGGAACUACUUGCCAAUGCAAACUCCAUUUUUUAUGAGAAAAGAUAUAAUGGCAAAAUGCGCUCAGCUAGCACAAUUUGAUGAAGAAUUAUACAAGGUUACAGGAGAGGGGGAUGACAAAUAUCUAAUUGCUACAGCCGAGCAGCCGUUAUGUGCUUAUCAUCUAAAUGAUCGACUCUAUCCCCAAGACUUGCCAAUUAGAUAUGCCGGAUAUUCUACUUGCUUCCGCAAGGAGGCUGGCUCACAUGGUCGAGACACAUUAGGCAUUUUCAGAGUCCAUCAAUUUGAGAAGGUAGAACAGUUCUGCAUAACGAGUCCAAAUGAUAAUGACUCUUGGGAGAUGCAUGAGGAAAUGCUAAAGAAUUCUGAGGAUUUCUAUAAGGAGUUGAACAUUCCCUAUCAAGUAGUAGCCAUUGUUUCGGGUGCUUUGAAUGAUGCGGCAGCUAAAAAGUAUGACUUAGAAGGAUGGUUUCCUGCAUCAAAGACAUAUAGAGAGCUCGUCUCGUGUUCAAAUUGCACAGAUUACCAAUCACGGAGAUUAGGAAUUGGAUACGGCCAGAAGAAAAAUGAUGAGCAAUCAAAGCAGUAUGUGCAUAUGCUCAAUUCGACAUUGACGGCAACAGAGAGGACCGUUUGUUGCAUUCUCGAAAAUUAUCAGAGAGACGAUGGUGUCGAGAUCCCGAAAGUGUUACAACCAUACAUGGGGGGGAUAGAAUUUCUUCCUUUCAAGAUAAGCCCGGAAGUCAAAUCCAAGAAGACUAAAGCUAAGGGAAAUAGUGCUAAUUAAUCCAGUAUAGCAAAUGAGAGUUUCCAGCUGAGGAUAUCAUCCGGGAAAUGAUACAGCAAAAAUGCUAUUUAUUUAGUGACGAGGCACGAACAUCUUGCAUUUUCUUCUUUGGUUGGUAACUGGUGUUGAUUUUGAGCGACUUAAGAUUUUUGAUUGGUAAACUUACGUCAAAGGAGGUUUUAAUCAUUGUAUGUCUGAUUAUUACUGUUUGAUAAUAUAAUUGCAUGCCCUAUGUGAUGCAAGUUACUGUGUUCUAUAAUAUUGGCGCCAAAUGCGAUAGCUAAUAUUUGGAUGCUGUAUUUCGUUCUCUUGCUUUUUUGUGUCAUUGCUCACUAAAGUGUGUGUGUUAUUUGUUCAGUCGUGGCUGUUAUUGUACGUAAAAGAGAGUACCCUCCCUUACAGCCUAUUAGUGCUGUUCGAGUAGUGCUAUUAAGAGAAGCAUUAUGUUAUUAUGCCCUCGACA